UCGUACCUUAAACGCCGAGUUUAGUUGUAGUCGCUAUGUUCGAGUUCACUUCAUCGUCGUCGUCUCGUCGGAGGGAGUGCUAUCAUUUGUGGCUGGCAAUUGUUGGCAGUUGAAGCGUUUCUUGUUCAUGCCGGCGGCAGCAGAAUCGUUGGCGUGCAAUAGUGCUAGCUGUGUCUAAAGUGACAUUUUGUGUUUUUGCUUUAUUAUUAUUCAUGUAGUGUUAGGAGAAACCAGUUCAUAAGAAGAAAAUGGCUAUUGCGCCCAAAUGCUAGCGGAGAUCGUCCCAUUUAGUGCUAUUGUCGAAAUGAACUGAUGAAGAACCCGUUUUUUCGUUAAGAAACGCCAACAAAGAAACAAAUGUCUGUAAAUUGGUUUUGCGUAUAGUUUUUCUGUUCUCGGUGCCUUCGGUCCAAUCGUCAUCAGUCACCAGUUUACAGGUUACGAAAUGUACGGCAGACGAUUGUCGGUAUUGUCGAUCCUGCCUGUAACAGGUUCACGAAACAGAGGAGAGCGUGAAGACCGAUCGAACUCAAUUGCAGAAGGAUCAGCGAGCGACUCGCAGGUGUCGGAACAUCUUCAAGCAGACGAACCUCCCCCAUCGAGGUCAGGGAGUCGACGUUCGUCACAUAGAUCUUCCAGGGCGCCUCCACCAAACGAGCGGCAGACAUCGGUUCAGCAGAGUUCGACCGCAUUCAUUAAUCAACCCCCAAUGAUGGCACACUCUUUACAGUUUCCUCAGGAACGAUCAGAGCCUUCUGGUCCACCACCUCUUACAGAUGCUCAGCUACUGGAAGCUAAACUUCUCGCUGAAAGGAAGCUUAAACCACAACAUACUGGUUAUGAUACAAAUCCCGAGGAUGGUCACAAUUCACUAUGCACAUUCAUCCUAACGGUGGUAUCGAUUUUCUUCAUCGUCAUUACGGCACCGAUCUCGCUUUUAAUGUGCAUUAAAAUCGUACAGGAGUAUGAGCGAGCCGUCAUUUUUCGGUUAGGCCGAAUUCUUACUGGAGGCGCGCGUGGACCAGGUCUCUUCUUCAUUAUACCCUGCAUUGAUAAUUAUACGAAGGUUGAUCUUCGUACUGUCUCUUUUGAUGUACCUCCUCAAGAAAUACUGACUCGCGACUCGGUUACGGUGGCUGUGGACGCCGUGGUGUACUACCGCAUCCAGCACGCUACUAUUGCCGUCACGAACGUGGAGGACUAUGGUCGUUCCACGAGGCUACUGGCAGCCACUACACUUCGCAACGUGCUCGGUACAAAAGACCUAUCGCAGAUUCUCUCGGAACGCGAGUCGAUCUCGCACAUUAUGCAGCUCAGUCUUGACGAUGCCACCGAUUCCUGGGGUGUUAAAGUCGAACGAGUAGAGAUCAAAGAUGUUCGCUUGCCCGUACAAAUGCAGCGAGCGAUGGCAGCAGAAGCUGAAGCGUCGCGUGAGGCACGAGCGAAGGUGAUCGGUGCUGACGGCGAAAAGCAAGCUGCACGCUCUCUCAAGGAAGCAGCGGACAUCAUCUCGGAAUCGAAAGGCGCUCUCCAACUGCGCUACUUACAGACCCUGGCCUCAAUCGCUGCUGAGAAGAACUCCACAAUCGUGUUCCCUCUACCACUGGAACUCUUUCGAGAAAAAGGACAGCUUUAAAUGGGAGGAGGUCACAACUGAGGCUACUAGAAAAGAAAGACCGGUAAUAAAACUGAAGUAGAUGUAUUGUUCUGAACAAUAAUGACUUGAAUCACUUCCUACGAAUCGCAAAACAUGGAUAAACACCGAGAACUUCAAAGUGGGACGAACUCGAAAUGGUGUCUUUUUUUUUUUUAAUAAUACAGGUCGAGAACGCACAUCGAUGAAGGGUCACUUUAAAUAAAUAAUAAUACACUUUAUUACUGCUUAGGCUACGGUAGAGCAAUCUCCUGGUUAGAAUUCAUUUGAAAAAAUCUAAGAUGUUCUUGGGUUAAACGUACUCAGCUGAAGUAUUCGCUCUAAAAAGAAAAUCCCUGCAGCGCGCUAAAUAUGGAAAACGUAAGGUCAAUUUUUAUAGAACAUACUCGAGAGCAAAAACCACUGGCGUAGUCUCCAUGGUAUACAUGUUUAUAAUCUGCAAUUUAGUUAUUUAUUUCACAUCACCCCUGUUAAUAAAAAAAAAGAUCCAUUAGUGUAACACGAUAUUCAAACGAUUGGUUCACGAAAGGUCAAGCCUUUCAAUGACAUCCAUAUACAUACGUUAAGUAAUCUAGUUUUACCUAAUAUGACAUAGGUAUACCCAUCAAAUAUAAAUAUACCUAAAAACCUAGAACUUUUUUCGUAUUCGGCCGAUUGUAUAUCUUAAACAAACACAAAAGACUCACAUAAAAAAUUUGGACUUUCGACAACAUUGAUUGGACUCCUGUUCGCCGAAUUCGCUUUGUUAUUUGUCCUGCUUCUGUUCUUCCAUGGAGCCACGAAGGUGCAGCAAACACAUUAGCGUACCUCGGGACUGACAAAUCUCGCUUGAAGCUUUUUCGUCACCUUGUCAGCCAGCGAUCUCCUCAUCCCAAUAUAAAAUAGAACUCUGAGGUCCUCCUUCCCGAUUCCAUAUAGUGCGCCGAAUCAAGACAUAUAUAUAUAUGUAUAUAUAUAUAUAUAUAUAUAUAUAAGAAGCUAUAGGGAUAAAGUAGGCUUCCUGAGUUUCGCCCUCAACGAAAACGCCAUCUGUAAGGUUCAUUUAUCGUUACUCUGUGGUUACUCCCAUUCAGUUUAGCAGUGAAUGUGCAGAUUUUUUCAUUCAGUGGGUCAUUGUAGGUACCUCUCUAGUAACGCCUCACAGAGCUUAGCUGGGCACUAGAGUACCCUCAUUUUCGAGUGAAGUAGGAUUGAGCGCGCAUGUGGUUUAGGGCAAUACACACCAACAGUAGCGAACGGCAAAAGGAAAAUGUUAAGACUGAAAUUGUGCUAGAGUGAGCGCACGUGGGAGAUCGUGAAAAAACUCAAGGUGGCUGACACGACAAAUCUGCUAUUCUCUGUUACUGUCUAUCUUACUUGUGCUACACCAAAUAACAGAAGACUAACUAGAGGACAUUGCUACAUAUGUUUGUAGAAAAACUUAAUUCAAUAGCCAAUCUGGACUGGAAGACAAUAUAGAAGAAAAAUAUUGUAGAGUAGUUUCAUAUCUCAUAUUUUCAUCUUCCACGGCAAAGCCACUAUUUUUAUAACAUUAUAGGCGCACCGACAUACAGCUAAUAUACCGAUAGGUACGUAUAUAUAGACAUAUGUGUAGUUACCUUGUUUGACUGAUCGUUUUCUCCGUAGGCGUUUUGUCAAGAAAAGAACUGUCGUACCUAGAUCUGAAGCCGAAGGAAAUAUUGAUUUAUUAAUAUUAUUUAUGAACAGACUGAAAUAACUCGAACGUAAAAUCCUAUUGGUCAUUAACAAAGAUGUGUUUUAAGCCUAAAUAUUCCAUUAUGUAAUGGACAGCU